AUGAAAAAGAAUAAUUUAAGCAAAUGUAGAAACUUCUGCGGUAAACAACUCAGAAAAGUAGAUUUAUUCGGCUAUCCUAUAUCAAUGACCUAUAAAAAUGAAUUGACUUACAAAUCAAGUUUUGGUGGGAUUAUGACUAUUCUCUCAGUUAUAGGGAUCCUCUUUGCUUUGAGGGAAAUUAAGUAUGUAAGAAAUCUAUAUAUUGAUAAGAGCAUCUAUGAAUUUACAACAAAUGAAUUCGAUUAUGCUGUUCAGCUUAGUUACCAAGGACUUGAUCCAAAUGUCACCAACUUAUUUCAAUACUACAGUAUCAGAAUGUAUACCUAUUCUUCUUAAAAGAAAACAACUUAUAAAGAGGGGGAAUAUCCAUUAACUUUUAGAUAUGAUGAAAUGAAUGUUACAAGGUGCGGAUAUGAGAGAUUCGCUAAUUUGUCAUAAGACGAUGCUUAGAAGUGGUGGUGCUCUGAAACACCUGUGACAAAACUUUAAGGAAGGAUCGGAUCUAAUUUCGCUCAAAGAGUUAAAGUAGAACUCCACUAUUGUAGUUAAAUAUAUUUAGAUAGGAUUAAUCCAAAUUUAACAUGCAAAACUAGAGAAGAAGCUGACGCAAUUUUCAAAGAUACCUAUUAUCUGAUCAGCUAUGCUGAGAAUUUUCUAGAUUACACUCCAACGACAGAUAUAAAAUAUGAGUAUUUUGGAAUCAGUAAAAAUUAUGCAGUUCUUUAAGACUCCUGGUUCACUUCGAGCUUUAACAAUAAAAACUAUACCUAUUCAUCUGUUAGGAGGUAAAGUGUUAAUCAGUAGAUUAGAGAUACAAGGACACUAAUCGUAUCCCUUAAUUUUAAUAUGGAUGAAUAGGUAACUUUUACCACAAGAACAGCCUAUAACUUAAUUGAUGUAUUAACAGAGUCUGGUGGUUUCGCUUCAAUAAUUUUCAUAAUUUUCAAACUUCUAACUACACAAGUUCAAAAGAUUCUCUACUUCACAUCAAUCAUGAAGAAGAUUUAUCUUUGCAUGGACUAUAAUAAAAAGGAAGCUUUGACAUCAAUGGCAAAUCUAUGCUAAACAAAUUUAUAAUCUAGAACUUAAUUGAAUGGAACCCUCGAAGAAAGUGCGCGAGAAAAAUUAACAUUCAAAUAGAAAACUUUAAAUGAUAAUUAGACUAAAGACAACCCUAAAAAUGGUACAAAGCUAAAAAAGCUUUAAAUGGAGUAAAGAUUACGGGGUUUGAAUUUCUUCCAAUAUAACUUCAGAGAUUAUGUGAAAUAAGUACUUAAAAAUAUGUGCUGUUACCCUGGUUGCUGUAGAUUGAAGCCUAGUUUUAAAGAUAAGCUUUAUGAAAUAGGAGUAUAGAAAUUAAACAAAGAAUUUGAUAUGGUUAGAUACUUGAAAAAAUUAAGAAUAGCUGAUUCAUUAGCUCAUCUACUUUUAAGUGAAUUUUAAAGAGAGCUUAUUCCUUACUUUGAUAAGAAUGUCUUAUCAAUUGAUGAUUAGUAAAAACUUAAAAAAUUCAAGUCGAUAGUAUCAGGAGAUCCUUAUGUAAUGGACAAGUCAAUAAAAUAGAUAGUACGCUAAAGUAAAAAAUCAAUCUUAAAUGCUAAAAUUUUGAGUAUGCUCUCGAUUAAUGUAGAAAAUCUUAGGGAUUUGGAGGAACCUUCAAAAAGCAGAAAAAGCUCUAGAAACAGGGAAAGGGAAAAAGACAAGCAUAAUGUUCAAAAAGUAUAUUAGCAAGUUUCUUAUAAAGAAUCAAAAUAAGCAAAAGCUAAAGAUGAGACAACUAUAUAUGAUAUAAAUAAUCAUAUAGAGGAAAGCAUUAUUCUUUGA